AUGUCUUCCCUAUCAUCAUACCUCCCACCCUCAGAAGGCCUGCUCCCCAAAUGGCUUCUUUUCAUCGCAAUCGUGUCCAUAGGCAACAGCAUCCAAUGCUACAUAUCCCUUGACGGAUCCCGCGCAGUCUACACCGGCACCGACAACAACAAAAAGAAGCCAUCUCCCAAAAAAACAAGCCCAAAUCCCAAACCCUCAGAAUCAACAUCGAGUAGUCCCGUCAACGCACUAAGCGCAAGAACUUUCGGAACCUGGACUGCUCUGAGCAGUAUUGUGCGCAUGUACGCUGCGUACAACAUCAACAAUCCGCAGGUUUAUGAGAUUUGUCUCUGGACGUAUGGGAUCGCUUUUGCGCAUUUCUUUAGCGAGUGGUUGGUUUUUGGGUCUGCGAGGUGGGGAAAGGGAUUGGGAUCGCCUGUCGCUGUUAGUACUGUUACGACUGUGUGGAUGUUGAGUCAGUGGGGGUAUUAUGUGCGAUGA